GCGUGUCCGCCAAUAAUGGCGGCUAGCAGUUCAAAGUUUAAAGAGGAGAACUCCUCUUCUGGAAAUGUUACUAGACUCAGUUAUGAUGUGGUUGAGUGGUCUAGCUAUUCUCCAGGUUAUCAUCCCAAGUUAAUAAAAGAGAAUAAACCUGAUGAUCUCACCUCUCGUUGGUUGAGCGAAAGCGGUCGUCCACCUCAACACGUUACACUCCAACUCUCUCACCCGGCCAUUGUGACCGAAGCCGUGUUUGGCAAGUAUUGUCGACCUCAUGCGUGUAACGUCCAUAAGCUAAAGAUAAUGGGAGGAAUGAAUAGCGAGUAUCUUGUUAGACUAGCUGAAGGUGAAUUAAAGAAUGAUGGCUGCUCUGAAACAAUUGCUCUUCGUCACACACUGAAGAACGGUCCAUUCCCUUGUCUCUACGUAAAGAUUGUAUUGCUGGAUACUUGGGGCCAGACUAAUUUCAGUUUAUGGCAUGUAGACCUGCUAGGGAUUACCGACCCAUCAAUUGUAAAGGGAGCGGCUCACCGGCUUAAAGAAUUCCAGCAGGAAGAGGCAGUCAGGUUAUGCCUGAAGCACUUGAGACAGAAUGAUUAUCAAGAAGCUUUUGCUUCACUACAGAAACAAGCCCACCUUGACCUUGAGCAUCCGUUACUUACUGAACUACAUCAUGAGCUGGUACAGGAAGGAGACUAUACUAAAGCUGAACUAAUAUUCACUCGUGCUGUAUCUGAUGGACUCCUGGACUCACAUAUCAAAGAGCAGCCACUACAGGCAAUAUGGGAAAUGAUAGAAGACAAAUCAUGUGAAGUCAAUUCUUGGCCUUGUGCCAGAGGAGGCCAUCAGCUUUGUCUUGAUGUCAACGCUCAACUCAUUUAUCUGUUUGGAGGUUGGGACGGGAUACAGGAGCUAUCUGAUUUCUGGGUAUUUAACAUCAACGGGAAGCAAUGGAAGUGCCUCAGUCGUGAUACAACUCAACAAGGUGGUCCCUCCCCUCGUUCGUGUCACAAGAUGUGUUUGGACGCUGAGAAUCAGAUAAUCUACGUCAUUGGACGAUACCUGAAUCAGGAUACUCGUACAUCACUCUUUACCAUCACUGUACCUGGCGAUUUUUAUAGCUAUAGUAUUCAGACUGGUAAGUGGGAGGAGCUGUCAUCUGAUACUCAUGCUGACGGAGGUCCCAAGCUCAUAUACGAUCAUCAGAUAUCGUUUAAUCCUGUCAAUAAGACUGUUUAUUUGUUUGGCGGAAGAGUUAUCACUAGCUAUUUGCAAGAAGGCGUGGGAGAUGAUCAUAUAUUCAGUGGGUUGUAUGCCUACCAGUGCUUAGAGAGGAAGUGGGUGUGUCUUAGACCUGAUUAUACAAAGAAGGAUUUACUGACAUAUCCUGAUCAAAUGAAACCGCGCAUGGCACACACAAUGGUACUCUGUCGUGAGAAGCAGAUGCUUUAUAUAAUUGGCGGUCAGAGAGAGAAGGAGUCAUUAUGUGACAUGUGGCAGUACAAUAUAUCAAGUGACACAACACUUCUAUUGACUGACGGAUCCAACCAACAUCAGCCAGCUGCUGGUUACACAGUAAGAGCAACUUUUGAGCCAUCAAAUUCAGAAUUAUACUUACACAUGGGCAUCAGUCGUCGUGAAACUGCUUCAUCCAGUGAAGACUCAAACUCUAACUCGAUUUGGGUCUACACAACCGAAACAAAGAAAUGGUCAAAGGUCACUUCUAUCUCUCCCUCCCCAUGCCCCCGAUAUGCGUACCAGCUGGUGUACGACCCCACAAACAACACUCACUACUUGUUUGGAGGUAACCCAGGGACUCCCAGUGCCUCCUCACUGAGACUCAAUGACAUGUGGACCAUGAAAAUAAAGAGGCAAACACGAGAGAAUCUAUUACAAAAGUGUGUCUAUACCAUACGAAAACAGAAGUACAAUGAGUUGACUCGGGUUGAUCCCAGUGAUGCAUUACGUUACCUUCAGACUACGCUAGCUGAAUGUGUUAAUCAUAAUAACCCUGCACACAGUCAAGAGUUUCGUUCCUUAACAAGUCAGCUUUUCAGUGAAGUUGAUAGUUUACCGUCGGUGAGAGAGAUAAGAUCUCAGCUUUUUGAUAAGAUCUCUUCAUUGUUCCCGCCCACUCUUUCUCAGCCCAGAGCAGAUUUAAUUAAUUUUAUUGACUAUUAAUAAUUAGCACAAGCAAUUUCAUCUCUUUUUUUCUGAUAUUGAAAAUUAUUUAUUAACAAUUAUUAUGAUCACUACAUCUUUAUUUGGGUGUAUAAUGCUGUUCUGUUAACAAAUUUUAUGAUUAUUAUUGCUAUGUCAAGCAUCCUUAUAUGGCCUA